AUGGGGCGCCGCUCUGGAGGAGGAGGAGGCGGCGGCGGCUUCCGCAGCGCGCCACGGCCCGCAGCCCCUGCACCCAAGCCGGCGGCCAAGCAGUCGUCCGCCCCGGCGCCGGCCAAGACCGACAGCAGCAGCGCCCCGACCUCCAUCUUCGGAUCCAUCGGCUCUGCCGUCGCCGACGGGGUCGGGUGGGGCGUCGGGACCAGCAUGGCGCACCGGGCCAUGGAUUCCAUAAUGGGCCCGCGCACCGUCAGGGUCGUCGAGGAGCCGGCGCCCGCCGCGGACGCGUGCGGCAUCCAGAACCAGGCCUUCAGCAACUGCAUCUACGGCAACGAGAGCGACAUCAGCAGGUGCCAGAACUACUUCGACCUGCUCUGCCAGUGCCGCCGCGGAGGAGGAGCAGGAGGAGCGGCCACCAUCGCAUAA